GUUUUCAUCAUGAAGUCUGAUUGGCGGAAGGCGGCGAAUUAUCAUAAAGAGGCGAACGAAUGCGGCGUUGUUGGAUGUGCUGUUGAAAUCUAACUCUCCGUUGUGUACGUGAACGACGAAGACAGGUUGGCGAGUCUAUUCGUACAUAGGAUUUUCUAUUAAAGGAAAAAACCGAUUGGAAUCUCUAGUGCAGUUAGGUAAAAAAGGCGAGGCGCGCCUUUUUAUUAUCGUCAGAGGCAGCCUGCAAAGAUGGGCUGUACUAUGAGUGCAGAUGAGCGUGCUGCUCUGGAAAGGAGUAAGCAGAUCGAAAAGAAUCUCAAAGAGGAUGGCAUUCAGGCCGCAAAAGACAUCAAACUUCUGUUACUCGGUAAGGUUCAUUUCUUGCAACAUUAAUGCUAUAUGUAUUACUCUCACUAAUCGACCUUAUAUAGCCGCCAUCUUUAAUGCAUAAAAUAUGAACAUUGUAUUCCUAAUUAUUAUUCAACAUGGCACUUUCUCAACGUUUUUCCUUUUUCCUCACUAACAGGUGCCGGUGAAUCUGGAAAGAGUACGAUAGUUAAACAAAUGAAGUAAGUUAACCUUUUAUUUUUAGUUUAUGAUAAGUUAUAUGCUUUAAGUAACCAUGACGAUAAAAUUUACUUCAUCGAUCGGAAUCUAGGAUUAUCCACGAGGGCGGCUUCACUAACGAAGACAAUAAACAAUACAAGCCGGUUGUGUAUAGUAAUACAAUUCAAUCGCUGGUGGCCAUUAUUAGAGCUAUGGGCACUCUAAGCAUCGCUUUUGCUGAUGCGGAGAGAGAAGGAGACGCCAAGAUGGUGCUGGAUGUUAUAGGCCGAAUGGAAGAUACGGAACCGUUCUCUGAAGAGCUUUUGGCAGCCAUGAAAAGGCUGUGGGUCGACAGCGGCGUUCAAGAGUGCUUCGGCCGUUCGAACGAAUAUCAGUUAAACGAUUCUGCGAAAUACUUUCUCGACGACCUCGAGCGGUUGGGUGCGAAAGAUUACAUGCCUACUGAGCAGGAUAUUCUUAGAACUCGUGUUAAAACAACAGGAAUUGUAGAAGUUCAUUUUCAUUUUAAGAACUUGAAUUUCAAAUUGUUUGAUGUGGGCGGUCAAAGGUCGGAACGUAAAAAGUGGAUUCACUGUUUCGAAGAUGUUACGGCCAUUAUUUUCUGCGUGGCGAUGAGCGAGUAUGACCAAGUGCUACACGAAGAUGAAACGACGAAUCGUAUGCAAGAAAGUUUAAAGUUAUUCGAUUCAAUCUGCAACAACAAGUGGUUCACGGACACAUCAAUUAUUCUGUUUUUGAAUAAGAAGGAUCUAUUUGAAGAAAAAAUAAAAAAGUCACCGCUCACUAUUUGCUUUCCCGAAUACACAGGAAAGCAAACAUACGAAGAAGCAGCCGCUUAUAUACAAGCACAAUUCGAAGCGAAGAACAAAAGUACAACAAAAGAAAUUUACUGUCACCAAACUUGCGCCACAGACACCAACAAUAUACAGUUUGUGUUCGAUGCAGUUACCGACGUGAUCAUCGCGAACAAUUUACGUGGAUGUGGGCUGUACUGAUGUUAGUACUGCGACCACCACUUGUACUGUCUACUGUGCUUUUUUUAUCAUUUCGAAUUCUGUGAAAGUGAUUUGAUGGUGGAAUGAAUGCGACAGCACAAUUUAGUGGAACUCAAUUGCUUCCUAGUGUCUUUUGUGCAACCCUUUGCUAGCCAUUGUGAGCGUGUGUUAUAAUACUGUUGAUGUUGUGCGAUCAAAUUAAUAAUAAUUCCAUCUCCUCAAAACGUAUGUAUAGCUUAUUAUAAUUUGACAAUAAAUCGAAAUCUAAAUAAUGUAUAUCUCGGCAACGGUUGCUAACAAACUUAUUGGUUGUCAUUUUAUGACGUCAAUCUGUUGGUUGGGUAGAUAAUCAGCAAUAAUAUAGCAAAAAUAGAAAACAAAAUCUUGAAUUGAAG